AGAUAACAAUUGCAAGCAGUCUUUAGAAAUUAAUGUGUAUGAAAAUGACGUUUAUUUUCCUUUUGUUUGCAUUGAUUAUCUUACAGACAGCGUUGGCCGAGUGUCCGGAUGGGUUCGAGCACCAUGGCACCCAGUGCUACAAGGUCCUGCCGUUGGAGGCCAGCUGGAUCGAAGCCAAGCACUACUGUCGGCUGUUGGGGACGGAACUGUUGGUGAUCGAGACGGCGGCGGAGGAAACAACCAUCGAGGGAAUUCUUACCAAGUUACAUGGAUCUCACCUUGACGAGGUGUACUGGGUGUCCGGAUCGGACAUGAUCUCGGAAAACAACUGGCUCUGGUUGACGGGGGACGGGCUCUCUGUACCAAUGAACUUCUCCGACUGGGGCUUCGGGCAGCCGGACAACGCGGGCCACCACCAGGACUGCCUGCUCAUCCAAUACCACGGUGUUGCGCGAACCUCGUGGUAUGACGAGAUGUGCAGCAACCAGCACAGCUUCAUCUGUGAGAUCAAAUAUGUAGACCAUGAGGAGGUUGUUGUCGGUUAGAUGUGUAAAAAGAAAGUAACGUCAACAGCAGAUCUCAGAAGUUCAUUCAUUAAAAGAUCUUAGUCGUAAGGUUAAUACGUUUAAAUAUCUUUCAACACCAUUGACAAUGUGUUUAUUGUUUUAGUUCCUCAACUGUGUUUUUCUUCAUACUCUAGUCCUACAUUCUAUAACGACAAAUAUGUUGCUUCAUAUCGAAAUAUAACACUAAGAUACGACUGAGAUCUACUACCUGAUUUUUUGAAACGAGCAUCAGACCUCAAUAUGUAAAGAUGAUUAAACUCUAAUAAAUUCUAAACACUCCA